AUGGAUGAAUUAUUUGGCUUGCGUAAUCUCUUUUAUACAGGUUCCUUUCAGCAGGUGAUAAAUGAGGGUAGUAGUCGCACAUCUGUUUCAGAUAGCGCAAAGUUGGAGCGCAAGAUAUAUCUGUAUCGUGCCUACGUAGCUCAAGGCAAGCAUAAUAUUGUUAUUACAGAAAUAAAGGAUUCUGAUCCGAUAGACUUGCGCGUAGUUAAGAUUUUGGCUGUAUACUUACAGUCUAAAAGUGGUAGUCAGGCUUCCGAAACAAAAAAAGAGGAGACUCUUAAGGAACUUAAAGAGAUACUGAGUGAUGCUGCAAAUGUAUCAAAUUCAACAGUUCAAGUCAUUGCUG